AGGCUAGGGGUGAGGUAGGCUCAUUCCGGAUCGCUCACAGUCACACUGGUGGUGGCGGCAGCAGCCCCUUGCGGCGGCCUGUUGUGAAGGGAGCUGACUGUGAAGGAGGAGCUAUGGCCCGGGGCUGACUGCCCUCUCAUACCGGGCUGUGUUGGGGGGACUGACAAGGCAGCGUUUCCCCUCUCCCUCCCCGGCAAGUGGUGCGCUCCACAGGGCUGCUGAAAUUGACGGAGUGUGAGUUUCCCUGGCAGAUUCAGACAUGGCUGGAGUCGAGGCAAACAGGGGGGCGCUCCAAUACGAGCAAACUUUGAUGUAUGGUAGAUAUACCCAAGACUUGGGUGUAUUUGCCAAAGAAGAAGCAGCUCGUUUGCGCCAAGAAAAGGACCAUGCAAGAAUAUUUUCGAGAGAUCAUGUCAAGCGUGCUGAGCUGAUAGAGUAUGAUCGGAGCCGUUGUUCUAAAUGUAGAAUAUGUAGUGUGCGAUGUCAAACAUUCCUUAUCUCAAAAGUGGGAGAAGACUGGAUCUUCCUGAUACUGCUUGGAUUAUUGAUGGCAUUAGUCAGUUGGGCCAUGGAUUUUGCUAUCGCUAUGUGCCUCCAAGCUCAGAAAUGGAUGUAUGGUGGCCUAGAGCACAAUGUUUUUCUGCAGUACUUGGCCUGGGUCACAUACCCUGUUGUUCUUAUAACAUUCUCAGCAGGAUUUGUCCAGAUCAUUGCUCCUCAGGCUGUAGGAUCUGGGAUACCUGAGAUGAAGACAAUCCUUCGUGGAGUGGUGCUAAAAGAAUAUCUCACUUUAAAAACUUUUGUAGCCAAAGUGAUAGGCUUAACGUGUGCAUUAGGAAGUGGGAUGCCUUUAGGUAAAGAGGGACCUUUUGUUCACAUUGCAAGUAUGUGUGCUGCAUUGCUGAGUAAAUUCAUGUCACUAUUUGGUGGGAUUUAUGAGAAUGAAUCUAGAAACAUUGAGAUGCUGGCAGCUGCUUGUGCUGUCGGAGUUGGCUGUUGCUUUGCUGCACCAAUAGGAGAUUUUCUACCUCUCUUGACAGCUUAG